AUGAGUGAAUUCCCAACUAGUAGCCACUCGAUGAGCCACAUGAGAUCGUCUUCAACUUCCUUGAUGGACGCUACUGUAAACUUAGGUAACGAGGAUGAGCUUUCAAAGGUUAAAAUCUACAGCGAUUUGACACAAUACGAAGAAGUUCUAGCUGAAUUGGUCGCCUCUGUAGACAACUUCAAACCGGAUGUAAAGAUUGCCAAGAGACUCAUACAAGUCGACAAGGAUUUGUACGAAAGUGUCAAAGCAUUUACACAGUACGACCAGAUAGACCGGGAACUAAGAAGGCUCGAGAAGGAAUCAAAUGAUCUGGAUCAAAGAACACGUAACAUUUUAGAAACUCUGAACGAUUGUUAUAACAACUUGAACGCUCUGCCGACGCUAGAGCAAGUCGAGUUCGAGAGACAGACUAUCCUCGAGCAGAGGAAGAAAAUCAACUCUUCAGUCCUUCUGGAGUACGGCACAAAGCUGUCCAAGUUUACCAAGAUCCCCCCUACACUGGAUAGGGGCGCAACAGGUCCCAAUAAUUUCAUUUGGCCUGCGGAAGAUGCCUUAAGAAGAGGGAUGCUGGCUUUGGCUUCUCUACACAGUAAAGAGAUCACCAGGAUACCGGGGGAACCCGAGGACGUCUCUGAAGCUAGCCAACCUGUUACUCAAGAGGAACCAAUACAGCAGGAAUCGCCGGAGCAAUCGCAAGCAGUACAUUUGCAGAAGAGAAAUUCAUACGUGCAUAGUGAAGAUACUGCAACAGAGCAGAACGAUGAUGAGAUGGAUUUGGACCUUGAUAUUUUCAAUCCGGAUGAGUUUUGA